AUGUUUGCAGAAAUUGCCUAUCAUCACACCACAGCAUUGCUUUAUAUAAGUGAUGUGCAACCCAGUGAAGGUGGAGAAUAUGUCUGCAAAUUGGACAAUGAGCACGGCAGCAUCCAAGCAGUAUUCCACGUCUUCGUGGAGAAUUUUUUUGAAGGCCUGGAUGGCGAAAGCUGGUCCAUUGAUCAGAGCAAAGCGCACCUUUAUCCAGUUAUCGAUAAGCCGUUCAAUAAUACCGUCCGUGUGGGCCACACUGCCCAGUUUCAGUGUAAAGUGAAAAAUCAACAGCAGCCUUUGAUCAAGUGGCUGAAGCGUGUGGAAGAUCCAAAUGCUGCACGGCGAGCAAAUGCAAAUGCAACGCUGAUCCAUGCAAACAAUAUGCACCUAUUACUUCUGGAGAAGCCAGAAACAAGUGCUGAACUCACAGAAGGAAUAACCUUGAAUAGGCUAAUUAUACCGAAUGUACGACUGGAACAUUCCGGGACCUAUCUGUGUGUCGUAACAAAUGCUCAUGGUGAUAUCGCCUAUCGGUCUGCUUUUCUACACGUUAUCGCACGUAUGUCCCCGGAUUUUGUAAUAAUUAAAUGCAGUUUAAAGUGUGCCCUUUUUAAAGCACUUCAAAUUUUACAAAUCUCCUUGUCUUCUGUCUUUUUGUGCGUUUCUGCAUGUAUGCAGAUUGCAAAAACGCGUGUUAGGAAGAGGCUGUGUGUGUGUGUGUGUGUCUGCGUGUUCACACUUUUUGUCACCACUUUCAAUUCGAGAACCAGAAAAGCUAGAAGGCUGAAACUUUGGGAAUAUUUCCCUAUACCAUGCGCGGCCCUCUCUUUUUAGUU